ACAUCACUAGAGAGAAUGGCUUCUUGAACAUAACGGCACUUGAUUGGUGAUAAAAAAAAAAAAUUAGGUUUAAUUUUCACGUGCGUUUAAAACAUAACAAAACUGAAUGUAAUAAGAUCUGUAACAAAAAUGAGAAAAGAGCAGAAGUUGAGACUAUGGCGGCAGAUGACGAAGCAACAUGGCGCAGACAGAUUAUCGAAGCACGAAUGGAAGAACUUGCGCGCAGACUUCCUAAGGAGUUGGAACACAACAACAUUCGAUAAGUUUUCUAAAGAUCAAUUGGCCGAAGCUGCUUUGCGCGAAGAACUGCAAGAGACGACAGUAGCACCUGACGGAUCUAUGCCGGUUACUCGGGCGUACUCUGGCCUUGAAAAAGGGCUUGCAUCGCGUCUAUCAACGCGUAGACGAAGCACUAAACUUGAGACCAACCCGAUAGCAACUUCUGAAGGAUCUAUUCCGCCUGCUCAGGAGAACACUGGCUCAUCACAGCGUAAGCCCAGUUCGCUUCCUUUGGUCCUCCUUGGGCUUGAAAAGGACCAAACGCAAUCAUCAAAGCCAAGCCGCAGCGCGGUGAAAGCUCGGGAAAAACCGGUAGCAACUCCUGAAAAAUUUAUUGCGCUUCCUCGAGAGCCCACUAGCCUUGAAAAUGUAAUUUAUAUCGUACAGGGUGACCAAUCGCGAUUAUUGAAUCGUGGACCCAAUUCCAGAGGUACAUUAAAACUGGCACCGACUACUGACGGACACAUUGAGCUUAAACAAGGGGACCAAAAGCGAUCAUCAAAGGCUAGCCAAAGCAGAGUUAAAACUGACGUUAAAUUGUCAGCGAUCUCUGACGGCUCUGUUCCGCCUACUCAGGAGAACACUGACUCAUCACAGCGUAAGCCCAGUUCGCUUCCUUUGGUCCUCCUUGGGCUUGAAAAGGACCAAACGCAAUCAUCAAAGCCAAGCCGCAGCGCGGUGAAAGCUCGGGAAAAACCGGUAGCAACUCCUGAAAAAUUUAUUGCGCUUCCUCGAGAGCCCACUAGCCUUGAAAAUGUAAUUUAUAUCGUACAGGGUGACCAAUCGCGAUUAUUGAAUCGUGGACCCAAUUCCAGAGGUACAUUAAAACUGGCACCGACUACUGACGGACACAUUGAGCUUAAACAAGGGGACCAAAAGCGAUCAUCAAAGGCUAGCCAAAGCAGAGUUAAAACUGACGUUAAAUUGUCAGCGAUCUCUGACGGCUCUGUUCCGCCUACUCAGGAGAACACUGACUCAUCACAGCGUAAGCCCAGUUCGCUUCCUUUGGUCCUCCUUGGGCUUGAAAAGGACCAAACGCAAUCAUCAAAGCCAAGCCGCAGCGCGGUGAAAGCUCGGGAAAAACCGGUAGCAACUCCUGACAAAUUUAUUGCGCUUCCUCGAGAGCCCACUAGCCUUGAAAAUGUAAUUUAUAUCGUACAGGGUGACCAAUCGCGAUUAUUGAAUCGUGGACCCAAUUCCAGAGGUACAUUAAAACUGGCACCGACUACUGACGGACACAUUGAGCUUAAACAAGGGGACCAAAAGCGAUCAUCAAAGGCUAGCCAAAGCAGAGUUAAAACUGACGUUAAAUUGUCAGCGAUCUCUGACGGCUCUGUUCCGCCUACUCAGGAAAACACUGGCUCAUCAAAGCGUAAACCCAUGUCGCUUCUUCUGGACCACUCCGAGCCUGAAAGCACGGACCAAUCGCAAUUGUUGAAUUGUAGACCCAGUUCCAGACCUAGACCAAAACUGGCACCGACUCCUGACGGACACAUUGAGCUGGAAAAAAGAGACAAAAAGCGAGCACCCAAGCCUACACAAAACCCAUUCAUGAGGGAGGUAAAAUCGGCAGCGAUUUUUUACAGCUCUAUUCCGCCUGCUCAGGAGCACACCGGCUCUUCACUUCGUCUAGACCGUGCUGGCACUGAAAAGGGAGAAAAAUCGCAGUCACCAAAGCAUAUAACGAGUUUACUUCCUCUGGAUUUACUUGGGACUGAAAAGGGGGAUCAAUCGGGAUCAUCAAAGCAUACCUGCACCUCUGUUAAACCACGGACAAAAUCGGCGGCGACUCCUGACAGAGAUAUUCCGCCAUCGACUCUUAAAGGAUCUAUUCCGUCCAGCCCUGUACUUGAAGAGGCGGACUUUUCGUGUUCAUUGAAGCUUACAAAGUCUGGUAAACAGCGCGAUCGCAUCGUAGAAUUGUCUGAAUUGCGGAAGCACAUAACCAAAACAAAUGGGACUGAAACUGAGGGAAAAAAUAAUGAAACUAUAGAAAACAAUAGCCCCUUAAAGUCUCCAGUUAAGCGUAAACCAGCAGACACCAUACCAAUCCCACUGCAGCCAAUCAAGAGAAGGAGACAAACACAUGUUCCAGUAAAAAUUAGCCACCAUUUGGAGAGCGUUCCUUUCAUGCCUAUGAUUGAAAUGGUUCCUGCUCCUACCGAUUUAAGCACUGACAUAUUGGAGGAAUCUGCAGAGAUAGGGAUAGCUAUGCGACAGAUCCAAGAGCUUAUGGAUUUAGAAAAGGAAGCAGAAAUAGUGGACGAUGCUCCGGACGAUGCUCCGUUCGUCGAGAGUCCCAUAAUGGCGUGCUGGACUGACAAAAAGAUCGAUUUAAGCCACGAGAACAAUGUAGAGGACAAUGUAGAGGACAAUGUAGAGGACAAUGUAGAGGACACUGAGAUAAUGACUCUUUUCGAAUUGGGUGAUGAAGGCGAUCGUACACCGGAAAUAGAUCGUUGCCUGAAAAUCUUUACCACUAAAACGCCAAGUGAAAUUGACGAUCAACUGGCCGUCACAACGGAGUUCUUCGAACGGUUGCCAAAUUCGUCCACAGUCGAUUUAGAAAAGGCAGACCUCAUGGAGGAGGAGGAGGUCCUUGACUAUGAAGAGGAUGAAGACGUGGACGAUGAUGUCUUGUCGGUUACGGCCACAUCUUGGGAUGACAUGGAUGAGGAGGAAAAACAACCAGAGCCCUCAAAAGCUUCAUUGAGAAAUUUUCGUAUACCUCGACUUACCAAAGAAAUACUCCAGUCGCAGCCGCAAAUAAUGUGCUCGCUGUACAAUAAUGAGGUACUCAACAAAAAGGAACAAGAGGAGCCACAGAGGCGGACAUCAAAGCAACGGAAAUCAUCAGGGUCUGCUACAUCUACAGCAUCUGCUUCACCAUUCGUGCUCGCCCAACAUGUAGUGCCUCCUCCAGCAUUGGCGUCUGCUCUACCAUUGGAGGCUACCCCAAUAAUCGAACCGCUGUACGACCAGAGGCAGAACAUAUUCGGCCAUAACGCGAAUCCAGUGGCUCCAGCUAUAACUUUAACGCCGCCUCCAGCUGCAGUAUGCACUCCAAUAAUAAGUCCCCGACAGGAUAACCGAACAUUGACGAUGCAGCAGGCUGCAACAGUAACGCCAUCGCUUGGCAAUCCACGUACCCAGGCAAUUGCUGCUCGGCAUGUGAUCGAACCCGUACCGAAAUUUGAUGCGCCUUAUCCUUCAACUGCUGCGACUAAGCAAACUAUUAGUACGGACAGGACCAAGUGGUUUAGUGCUGAGUAUUGGAUGUUGAAUUUGUUUGGAGUCAAUUGCUUGGCAAAUCUAGACGAUGUGAAGUGCGCCCAAAGCUGUAAUCAUACAUUUACCGGCAUCGGAGAGUUUAGCCAGAAACUGAUGAGACUGGAUGUGGAUAGCCUGUUAUUCACAUAUCACCGAAUGCUAAUGCGUAGUCAACGUCUCUUCCUGACAUUCGCUUCGGCUUAUGUUGAUAUAUUUGAAGCUAAAAAUCUGCAGAACGACUUGCUGCACUUGCUGAUGGAUUGUCGAUUGUACAAGUCACUUUGUGCUUCCAUUAUUAAUAAAGCCUUUACUGCCUUGAAAAACAUGGGCUUGGAAACGCAGGCCACACGUUGCAUUAUGGAAUACCUAUGGAUGCCUUGUAAAUCGCGCAAAUUCGCGGAAAUGACGUUUACAAUAUUAAAAGUUCUUGGAUCCUCUAAUUGGUACAACUAUACUGAUAAAAUGGUAGAACUAUGCCAGAUAUAUGAGUUCAGUUUACCAACUGAGGUUUUAUUAACCAUUCUCUCGUCGGCCAACGAGAGACACGAAUUGAAAAGCGAGGCCGUAAAGUUCUUUUUGGUCAUGGGUGUGGCCCCUGAGGAACGGAAAGAAGAGCUGACGGCAGCUCUCAAGCUAUUUGCGGCAAUAGAUCAUUAGUUCUUAUGCGGUUGAACAGCAGAAUCCAACCCAAAUGAAGAUGUAUUUAGGUUCGGAAUUAUAACAUCCCAUCGGACUUGGUAUCAUUACGACGGUAAUGAUAUUAAAACUCAAAUUUAAAAAUUUACAAACAUGUUUGUAUUACAAACACUAUGAUAAUUAAAUAAAACAGGACAUAAAAAAAUAAGUGUGUACUUACAAUAUUUCCUGCUUUCAGUUGAUCACUUUUUUCUGCCGACAGUUCCUACCUAUUACCUAUGGAUCCCCAGUAAAGCGCAUGACUAUAAUGACUAUAACAAUGUUUCGAGUUGUAACUGGUACGAUUAUACUGAUAGGAUGGCAGAAUUUUGCCAGACACACUGGUUCUCUUUACCAACUGAGAUAUGGAGAACCAUUCUUUCGUCGCUCAUGCGAAUCGACCCUGGGGCGAAAAUCCGAGAGCUGAAGGCAGCGCUUAUCAAGCUUGGAUUCAAUGAAGCCCUUAAUAAAAGCCUCACUUCAUACGGCGAAAUACUCUUGAGCCCUUCUUACGCUCCCUGAGAGCUAAAUGCAACUGAAGACAUCGGUGUUCAAAAUGUAGGAAUUACAUCUUGGCCACCGCCAAACAAUAGAUACAGAAAAUAAAAAGAUUGUCUUGCGUACAAAUAGAUUUUCUUGUAUUCCGAAUUGUAUGACAAUUAAAUAAAACGGGGCUUAAAUAUGUA